CGCCAAGCGAAGGAGCGAAGCUAGACUCUUCCGGGAGAGGGCGGUCCGUGGCUUGAUUCGAGUCUUGGUCGCUGCCGGGAAAGAUGAAUUUCAUACAUACUAAAGCAUUUUUAAGCCCCCUAAGUGGUUUCUUGAUUUUGCCACCCCGAACCCAAGAAGAGAGAAGCAAAACCUUCAGUUGCAGUUUAGAUGACCUUCCACGCUUGUAUGUCAUUGGCAAUAUACAAAAUGUGAAUAGAAAAAUAUCUACGUUAGAAUUGGGACUGAGAAGAUAUGACAGUAGUGAUGUGGUGAUUGAGGAUAUGAUGCACAGGAAAUAUCCAGGGUUGAGGAGUCCUAGAAAAGGAAGACGUAUAAGCAGGGGGAAAGAGAAGGAUCAGGCCAUGACACACAAGUAUGGAAGACUUGGUUCGGAUGCAGAAACUCUACAAAAUAAAAAAAAAAUAGCUCACAAAAAGAUGAUCACAGAAAAGAAUAAACUUGUAGAGUUGUAUCAUUACCCAGGAUAUCAUGAAGAGGAACUCACACCACUGCCCAACGGAAUAGACCUGAAUGAAAUUUUGGAGAAAGUGAUUCGUGCUCAGAGUAAAACUGUAGUUGGGAAGACGAAAUGGGCUGUGAAAAUGCUGCAUAGGUUUUUUGACACUCCAUGUUCCCGAGCUGUUUUGCUGGAUAGUUUCUGGUGGCAAUUCCUGCACUUGUAUCAUCCAAAUCAAGAAAUUCAGGGGCACUUGUUUGAACGCAUUGCAGAAAAUUAUGCCCUCAUUCUAUUAGGUGACCACAGGGCUUCCAACCAGGAAUGCAUCCUCAAGUUUUUUCCAUCACUACUGAGUCAAGCUGUGUACGUCUCCUUCUGCUCCUGUUUCCCGAGGUCCUGGUUUAAUACUUCUGAAUUCAAGACGCAGCUCUGUAAUGUAUUCUUUGAGUGGCUGGGAGGUACACGGCAUGAACCAAGAAGUUUCUAUAAAUGGGAUUACUCCCAACUGGAACCAGAACGGUCAAGGAGAGAAGAUCUGAUGUCAAGAAAGAAAAAAAUAGGCAUGGGUAUAUCGUUUGAGAGCUACAAGCAAUACAGUUCUAUAGGAAAGACUCGUUUGCAGAAGAUUCCAUCAAGGAAAACAAUUACCAAAUCUACAAAAAAAGGCAAAAAAACUGUACCUGGGAAAAAAGAUCAAAAGCAGCCUUCCAAAAAAGUUACCAAGUUGGAAAGUGAAGAAAUAAAGCAAAGUACAUCAAUUAUUGACCAACUUAAAGAGGAUAAUGAGAAAGCUGCAUGGAGCAAACACCAGAACUUACCCAAAAAGAAACUAAAGAUAGCUAAACUUCCUCGAGAGUCACACCCUGCUUGCCCUGGUCCCGACUUUACGUGGCAUCGCUUCAAUAUUAGUGGUAAUAGUCCACUAAUUCAACAUUACUUCCAGAAACGUGGUAUUGAAUCAAAAUCAGGAUGUGACAUCUUUCUUUCUAGGAGAGAGAUAGACAAAUCAAUGCCUGAUUCUGCCAAAACAUAUGCAGAACUGAUCAAGGAAGGUUUUCAUACCGUCCAUCAGAAGCACAAAGCCUUCAGAAAAUAUUAUUGGCAGCAAUACAAAGAAAUGAGGAAAUUUGAUGAACAGAACAAAUGUAAUCAGGAACUUUACAGAGAAGCUAUAAAAGAAGAGAUGAAAAAGAGAAAGGCACAAAAGCAAAAAGAAAUGCUUUCUUUCAGGGAACGGCAGAAUAGCUCAGAACCUUCAUCCCUGUUUUCAAGAGAUUCAUCCGGGAAACGCCAUAGUUAACCUAGAUCUCUCCUUUUGAACUGACAUUGGUUGAAUUCAGUGGAAGCAUGUUACAGGAUGACAAUUUAAAUAAAAUUAAAGAACCUAACUUUGGUACUAAAUGUAAACGUAUUGCUAAUUAGAAAUAAAUGAGUGGUACUACAUUAAGGGGGAAGAAUAUGAUUAUGUUUUGGGAAUGUUACUGGAUAUAAUUUCUUUUAUUACUUUUAAAUAUGAUAUGUAUAAUUCUUUCCCAUUACGUUUGAUUUUAUUGUUAUAUCGGUUUCAUUCUUGUCCAGUUUAAAAAUAUACUUACCCUAAAUUGGAUUAUCUGCAGCUUUAGGCAAUACUUCUUUUCUUUAGAGUUAUAUCUAAGUUUGGAAUGUUUAAUUUGUUAACUGAACUCUACAUUUUAGCUCCUAGUGAAACUAAUGUGCAAGGUGUUAUUUUUCUUUGUUCUUCCAUAUUAGCCCCAGUAAAUGAAGUUUAAAAGAGCAUCUCUUUUUAAAGAUUAUUUCCAAAUAUUAAAAAUUGUAUUAUAGCAGUAUAUCUAUAAUAAUUUGUAAUUAUGUUCUAAUUUAAUUAUAUUGUAAUUAAAUCAUGACAACAAUAGAUAUGGAUUAUAAAUAUAUAUAAUUAAGAGAAAUUAUUUCUAUUCUAUUUGUCAGAAUAUAAUAUUUUAUUAGAUUCUGAGGACUACCUUUCCAGGAGGAUAUUCCUAAACUGGAGCAUGUACAGAGGAGAGCAACCAAGAUAAUUAGUGGCCUAGAAGUUUACAUUUGUGAGGGAAAACUGGGGAGACAUGAUAGGUCUCCUCAAGUGUCUGAAGGGCUGCAAUUCUGUCCAGCAGAAUUGAUUAAGUUGUUCCUGAAGAUAUGCCAAGAAAAAUUGAGCUUAAAGAAGGUAGAUUUUAGUUGCUCACAAGGUUUAAACAAAUCCUAAUAGUAAAAGCUGUUCUGUUCUGCUCUUAAUUGUUAGGAAGCUUUUCCUUAAAUCAGUUAUUCUGUGUCCUUUGGAAUGGUAUGUCAGUAUUUCCCAAUCAUGGCAAUUUACUGUGGAAUUCUGGGAGUUGAAGUCCACACAUAGUAAAAUGGUGAAAUUAAAAAACAAACAAACACGCUGUCUGAGAAGCGAAUUUCUUUUUCCCCAGCUGUAAAUUUUGCCUCCAAAGUCUAUGUCUGAGCUACAGGCCAAUCUGGUUCAACGGGUUAAAUUCAGCUGCAUAUCAAGCAAGGCCUGAGCAGCAUUUUGAAGGGAAAUCGGCAUCUCUGUCCCUAAGGCUGCAGAUUAUUCCCCACCCCCCAGGUUUUCUCUCCCAAUCCAAUUUACUUCCAAAAUUACUAAAAUGUUACUAACAAGUUGGCAUGAAAGUGACAUGAGGAGAGAACUGAGAGGAAAUAAACGUCAUGGCUCAUGGGCCUAAUUUACCUCAGAGCCUAGCUUUACCCAUCUCAUUUGCCUCAUAGCAGAAUGUCUGGUGAGGAAGCAAUAGAGGUGUGAGGAGGGGGAACCUGGCAUGCCAUUCUGAGCUCCUUUGUGAUUAAAAAAAAUGUAACUUUUAAACGGAAGCUAAAGGAAGGCGCCCUUUGUGAGCUUUACACUUCCAACUUUAAUUCUGAGGCAAGACCCUCCAAUAAGAGUUGGCAUCCAUAGAGAAAAUCUGUAUUAAAAUGUGUUCUAGAAGGAUGAGGAUCACAUAUAACUUUUAUACCAGGGUGUUGUUUUUUUCAGUUGCACUUUAAACAAUAUAUUAUUUCUAUAUUUAUUAGGUUUUAUUAAUUUAUUGCAGAUUUAGACAGAAAAAUGUAGCCUAUGAUGGAAAUGAACAACAUUUUUAUGUGUAUAUGAUAUACAAUUAUAUAAUAGAUAUAUUGCAUUAUUAUCUAUGUAUAUACCAGUGGUGGGUUUCAAAAUUUUUUGGAACCUCUUCUGUAGGUGUGGCCUGCU